GGUCCACUUUCCCUUUCAGCUUCCUUUCCUCCUCUCUUAGAAGCGUCGGGGAGAGCAAAACAUCGAAUGGCCCUUCAAGAUGUGGCGGCCGUUCUGGAGGUGCCGGUCGUUCCGGAGGUGGCGGCCGUUCUGGAGCGUACCCGCCAGCGGCUUUCUUCUGAGGUGGUCACGGAAUUCGUCUCGCGGGCUGGCUUCGGAGCCGAACUCGAUCGGCUGAUUGGACGGCUGACCGAAAUUUAUCUGGCGGUUCCGACUGCUGGAUUGCCGGAUCGGGCAGAGCGGUAUUGGCAUAAGGAAAUUGAAGAUGCGUGUUGCUUCUCUGAUCGUUUCGUCGAUUUGGUCCGUGAAUAUCCGCAUGGAUCUCUCGACGAUGGGAUUCGCCUCAUGGAAGAGGAUUACGACGUUGGCUGCGGCCUGAAGACGCUGCUUCGCAUUUUCGGGAAUUUGCUAAAGCGCCUCGAAUUCUUUGCUGCGGAAUCUGAAAUUUUAGGCAGAGACGAAAACAAAGAAAUAAUCUUUCAAAUCAUUCUCAGUGUUGUUCGUAUUUCCAACAGUGACCACCUCCGUUUGGUUCAUAUCUCCGGCAGUGAGGGAUCGGGAAAGACAGCACUUGCUCGGCUGGUUUACAAUGACCCGCGUGUGAAGAAAUACUUCGACUGCCGAAUGUGGGUCGCCGUGCCUGAAGAUUUUGAUGUCGAGCUGAUUGUGAUGAAGAUUAUAAAGUGCGCAAUCCGUUCGGCUAAUCGUAUGCUAGAUUUAGGAUCAGUGGAUAAGCUGUAUGAUAAUCUUCGCCAAGUCCUGCACGGUAGGAAAUUUUUCCUUGUGCUGGACGACGUCUUGAGUGUAAAUUAUGAUGGGUGGGAGCUACUAAGAUCACUUUUGAGUGUCGGCGAGGAAGGGAGUACAAUCAUCACGACUGUAAACUGGGAAGAAGGUACAAAUACAAUGAUAGCUGAGUCAGGUGUUCCAUAUAUGCUGGAACCAUUACCUGAAGAUGUAUGCUUUGAUCUGUUAGUGAAGAAAGCUUUUGGAACAGAAACAAAGGUGGAUUUUAGGGCCUUCUCUGCGAUAGGUAAGAAGAUAGUAGGGAAGUGUCGAGGCUUGCCCUUAGCAAUAAACAUGAUAGGCGAGAUGUUGCGGUGUAACCCAGAAAUCCCAAACCACCUUCUAGAUUAUCUGGAUUCAUUACAUACUUUCACCAAAUUCAGCUAUCAAACUUUGCCAUUGCAUCUGCAGUGGUGCAUUACGUACCUGACGUUGUUCCCGUAUGAUUAUGCUUUUGAUAAGCACAAAGUAGUUGAAUUAUGGAAUGCCGAGGGCUUCAUUUCGUGCGCACAUCAAGAUGAUAUAAUCGAAGAUUACAGUGGUCAUUUCUUCGAUAUAUUGGUCUCUUAUUCCUUUCUUCAGGCUGUGCAAUAUCCAUAUGACCAAGUAAGGUACCAUGUUAAUCGUUAUUUAUACUUUCAUGCCCAAGCUCUCAGCACGGAGAACUUUGUACAAUACCCUAGUCGCCCGUUUGCUCGCCCAAAAACGAUCCGCCUCUCAUCAUUGUUAUGUGAUGAGGAUACUAGGACAUUUCCCAGUGAUUUAUCACAAUGUCACAAUCUACGGACAUUGCUCCUAGUUAAAAACAGCAAAAUGGAUGAGCUUAAGAAGAAAAUCCAGAUUACACGGAUUAACGAUGAUCUUUUCACCCAUUUAGCAAAUCUCUGCUUGUUGGAUCUAAAUUCCUGUGCCAUUUCAGAGCUACCUAAAUCAAUUAAGAGGUUAUCAUGCCUAAGGUACCUCAAUCUUUCAGAAACUGAUAUAGAAACUAUUCCAGAGUCUAUAGGGAACCUCUGGGAACUACAGAUUCUUAAUCUCUCUUCUUGCAAGAAUUUCCAUACAAUUCCAGAGUCAAUUGGGGGCCUCCAGAAAAUGCUGAUUCUUAAUCUCUCUCAUUGCAGGGAACUUUGUACUCUUCAUCCUUCCAUCACCAAACUUCGAAAUUUAGAAACUUUAAACCUUGAAGGUUGUUGUAAGCUUGACAGUUUGCCUGAAAGCAUGUAUUCUUUAAGAGAGCUGAGACAUCUUAAUAUCCUAGGGUGUUCCUCGUUAACUACCAUGCCACGUCGAAUGGGGUGGUUAUCUCGCCUCCAGACACUAUCAAGAUUCAUUGUGACUGCUGAGAGAGGCCGCAAAAUCGAGGAGCUAGGGAGCUUAGAUAAUCUUAAAGGUGCAUUACAGAUCGAGAACCUUGAGAAGGCGUUGGACCCGGAAGAUGCCAAAAGAGCACAGUUGAAUUCUAAGAGGAAUAUUACGUCAUUGGCAUUGUAUUGGAGUUGGUUGAACUUCUAUAAUGAUGAUAAUGAAGCUUCCGAUAGUACUGUGCAGCAAGUUCUUGAAGCCCUGCAACCACCUCCAAGUUUAGAGAUACUAGACAUAUUUUCAUACCCUGGAACAGGGGCACCUCAAUGGAUGACAAAUGGGAAAUCAACUCUUAAAUCUAUGGUAGAGAUUAGACUAGUUAACCUCAAGAGAUUGGAAAGUUUACCACCACUUGGACAAUUUCCUUGUCUUAAGGUCAUUGAGAUAAGAGGAAUGAAUGCAAUGACCUGUGUUGAUGAUACUUUUUCUGGAAAUGAUGGUAUGUUCCCAAAACUAGAAAAACUUACUUUCUCUCAAAUGCCUAAUCUGGAGAAAUGGGUAAUGGAAGAUAAUCAGGACAAAUUCCCUCGUCUUAGCAAUUUGACAAUAGCUCACUGCCCUAAGCUGAAGGUGCUGCACUUUAGUUGCUCAUCUCUUAAAAACUUGACUUUGUUGUUUAAUAAUGAAAUGCUGUAUAGCACACCUGGAGCCCUGAAAUAUUUCGGUAGAUCACUUCAAAAGCUCACAAUUGGAUUAUGCUAUGAGCUGGUUGCAACUUCAACAUGUGAGGCUCUGCGUGACCUUACUGCUUUGAAGGAGCUGGAAAUCUCCGAGUGCGAUGAGCUGAUUAGUUUGCCACACUGCAUGCGCUAUCUUACGUCCCUUCGCUACAUGACCAUAAUGAACUGCAGAAAUUUGAAGACUUUGCCAUAUUGGCUAACGCGCUCACGAUCCCGGCCUGAAUUGCUCAUAUCUGGUUGCCCAAAGCUUCUUCAUCAAACUUGAUGCUAGUUAAGUAUCGGAGCACUACAUGCUUGAAUCCUGGAGACUCUGGAGGAUCUCACCAGUUAUGGUCUGGGUGAAGACAGCAGCAAUAGACAGUUGGAAUUAGUCUGGAAAUUGGGUCAAAUCAUCCAAAUACUCGAUACAAAACCUCCGAAUUCCAGGUCCCAUAUCUUCCUCACUCGGACUACGAUUGAGGCGAUUUUUUUUUUCCUUCUGUCUGGUUCGACAAGAUGGACAAGUUCUCAGGUGUAGCAGAUUUCUUCCGGGAGGUUUUGGACUGUUUUAAGAUUUUCUUAUACUCGAGAAACCAAAAAUUUGUGAAUCGCCGAGGAGUAGAAAAAAGCCAUGAAGUCGAAGUGCUGAGCAUUUGACUGAACUUCACAUCAACAGAUUGUGUAGAUUUGGGACUGCAGCAGCACGGACAUUGAUGCAAAUUUUUAUUUAGCUAAGGUCUUCGAGCCUCGUUGAGCUGAACUUGUACUCUUUGAAGCUGGUUUGGAAGGUAUUCUAACCUGAGCGGGACUUCAACCGACCUUUGGGUCAUCCUUGGUUGGCUUUGGGAAGCCUUUAGAGACUUAAUUGGAGCAGCUUUGGGGCUUCGUUGAGCCGUUUGUGGGACUUCUUGUGGAUAGUUGGAGCCUAGUACUAGGUGGGUCGGACCUAACCAGAAGCCUGUUACAGGAGAGGCUAGGGAUCGUGGCAAGGGAGUCGCGCCUAG